GAAGAUGGUUUUUCUAACAACCAAAGUGAUGCAAAGGACUGCACUCUUUGUGACGUUUGGGGGUUUGGUCACAUGUCUGAUCACCACCUUCCUGCCAUUUUGGAAGACGAUGAACUCCGACCUGAACGAAGUGGAGAACUGGUUUUCUGGACUGUGGCACACCUGUCUUUACACCGAGGAGGUGGGAAUUCAGUGUAAGGCCUACGACUCCAUCAUGGGGCUGCCGAUGGACCUGCAGGUCUCCAGGGUGCUCAUGUCGGUGUCCAUAGUCACUGGAGGUUUAUCUGUCAUGGCUGCCUUCCCAGGGCUGGAGGGGGUGGACAUGUGUGUUGGGCAGCCCAGCGUGAAGAGGCUGCUCCUCGUCUUCAGCGGGGUGCUCUCCUGGGUGUCCGGGCUCACCACUUUGGCUCCCGUCUCUCUCGUGGCCUACACAACUGUGGUGGAGUUCUGGGACAAGGGUUUUCCUGAUGUGAUGCCACGCUGGGAGUACGGCGAGGCGAUGUUCUCGGGAUGGUUUGGAGGUCUUGCUCUGAUCAUCGGAGGGACUCUGUUCUUUGUGGCUGUGUGCAUGGGGGACUACGAACAGAUGCCACCAAGUGAGCCACGCAGCCCGCAGGCAAAGCACAGGACAAGGCACUACCAGAAGACAGAGGUGUUAUAGAUUCUUAUUGCCAUUCACACAAUAUACUCCAUAGGCCCGUCAGCUUGCAGAGUGAUAGCAUAAUGACAUUAAUUGUGAAUUUUUGUUAAGAAAACAUUUCUGACCUAAGUGACCUAAAAGCUGCAUGUGUUUAAUUGUUCAUUUCUGAAUCAAAUUGUAACACAUUAAUGUAAUCUCUGUUUCUGGGUUA